UCUCCACAAGGUAUUCGCUAGUCAGCAAGGACAGUGACAGCAGUGGAAAACAAAGCUAAGAUGAGGAAAAUGCAAGUGUUGGGUGUAGUUGCGGUAAUAUUAGCAGUGUACUGUGUACAUGCAAAUGUUUACUUUCGUGAGGAGUUUCUGGACGGUGAUGAGUGGAGAAGUCGCUGGACAAACUCCAAACACAAAUCUGACUAUGGAGAGUGGAAGCUGACAGCAGGCAGUUUCUAUGGAGAUGCUGAGAAAGACAAAGGUCUGCAAACAAGCCAGGAUGCUCGUUUUUAUGCUACCUCUGCCCGUUUUGAGCCUUUCAGCAAUGAGGGAAAGUCUUUGGUCAUUCAGUUUACAGUCAAGCAUGAGCAAAAGAUUGACUGUGGUGGUGGCUAUGUGAAGGUCUUCCCGGCUGACUUGGAUCAGGCUGACAUGCAUGGAGAAUCCUCAUACUACAUCAUGUUUGGCCCUGACAUCUGUGGCUACAGCACCAAGAAAGUCCACGUCAUCUUCAAUUACAAGGGCAAGAAUCACCUCAUCAAGAAAGAGAUUAAGUGCAAGGAUGAUGAACUGACCCACCUGUACACGCUGAUCCUUAAUCCAGAUCAGACCUAUGAAGUGAAGAUUGACAACGAGAAGGUAGAAUCUGGUAGUCUGGAGGAUGACUGGGACUUCUUGCCACCGAAGAAAAUUAAGGACCCUGAAGCUAAGAAGCCAGAAGAUUGGGAUGAUCGUGCAAAGAUUGAUGAUGCUGAUGACACCAAACCUGAGGACUGGGACAAACCUGAAAACAUUCCAGACCCUGAUGCUAAAAAGCCUGAGGAUUGGGAUGAGGAUAUGGAUGGAGAGUGGGAGCCACCUAUGAUCCCCAACCCAGAGUACAAGGGAGAAUGGAAACCCAAACAGAUCGACAACCCCAACUACAAAGGAUCCUGGGUGCAUCCUGAGGUUGACAAUCCUGAAUACAGUCCUGAUUCGAACAUCUACAAGUUUGACAGCAUUGCUGUUUUAGGUCUUGAUCUUUGGCAGGUGAAAUCUGGCACCAUCUUUGACAACUUCUUGAUCACAGACGACGUGAAGGAAGCAGAGGACAUUGCAAACGAGACAUGGGGUGUGACAAAGGAACCAGAGAAGAAAAUGAAACAGGAGCAAGAUGACCUGAAACGAAAAGAAGAGGAGGAGAAGAACAAAGAGCAAGACACUGAAGCUGAUGAUGAUGUUGAUGAUGAUGACGAUGAAGAUGGAGAUGAAGACAUGGAUGAUGAGGAAGACACAAAGAAAGACCAGGGGGAGACAUUUUCAGAAAUGGAUGACGAGGAUGUAAAGCAGAAAGAUGAGCUUUGAGGAGCAAGAGAUUUUGUCUGUCCCUCCUUUAGAAACUCUGUCCUUUAUUUCCCAGGGGUAAUUGUGGCUGCUGUGCAUCCUUUCCCUGAGAUUUGGACACAACCCAACUUGGGGGGCAAAUGUAGUGGAGGGUGGCAAGUGGAUGUUAAUGGGUUUAGUUUCCUUUUUAUUUUGGUCAUGAUAUUACCCUUUCGCCCCUGAACUGCUGGAUUGAUUCUAAGGUUUUCAACCUACAAAGUCCAUUCCUCAUUUUGAAAUAACAGACAAUAAGGAGACAGUGACUUCCUACUGUUUUCUUGACCUACUUAUUUGCAGAUUCCCUUGCACAGGUUGCACAGUUUACCUGAAGCUGUAGGAAAUAAGACAAAUUGAGAUUUGCAGAGAAUAAUUAUUCCUGAAGGAAAAUUUCUCUUGUCAUCUGGUGAAACAUAAAAUGCACAUAACUCAACAUACAAUGCAUAAACUGUAAGACCUCACAAAUCACGGAAUACAGACAGAAAUCAAAACUGCAAUGUAAUAUAACUUAUUUUGGUUAUGUCUGUGGCACUGACUUCUAUUCCUUUCCACUCUCUUUAAGGCAUAAUUGAAUCAAUGGUUUAGAUGGAAAUUAAUCAUCAAAGUACACAAUGAAAUUGUUUGUCUGCAUUGAAAUAGUAUGAAUUCAACAUGUCUUCAUGGUGAUGUGAUGGGACCUGCAUUAUAUCCUGAGAGUCUGGAGAAACAGAUCCCCUUUUUAUUGGACAGAAUGUUGUUGAUACCAAAGUUUUUAUUAAAAGAUUAUAACCGUG